AUGUCCACAGCAAGCACACCUUCAGCAGACGAUAUAAACCCAGCUGUUGGCCGCUUCAAUCUGAGGCCCAAGGUGAGUUUCCAUGUGGCAUACGAUCUCGGUCGAGGAGACGAAGCGCAGCCAAUUCGAGUGACUGUUCCGAAAGAUGAGUCCUAUGACAAGUUCCUCUGGCGACUCUAUAACGUGUUCUAUGGUGAUUCCUUCGAGAAAUCGCUUCGCCAAUGGGAGUACGUCCUUGUCAAUCGCCAAUACGAGAGAGGCGAUCCGCUGCCCUUGACGAGUCCGAACACAUACUAUGCUAUGGUCAGCGAACUUCUCAGGGCAAGAUCCCAGUGGAGACAUGCUGUGGUUCGGCGCUCCCAUUCUGAGAAUCCCAUCAUAAAAGCCAUCGUGGAGGGAACGUACAACCCGAAGCCUGACUCACCAAUACUGAAUGCCGCUACGCCUGACCCCCGCCUACCUGAUAGCCCACCAAUACCUGAUGCCUCGAUUGCCGAUACUCCGAUGCCAGAUGCGCCGACGGGUCAAGCUACGCCUGAGCUGCUGGCCUCCACACCUCCCUCGAGAGCGUGGGUUGUAACCUCUGCCACUGCAAGACCCUCAAACCGAACGCCUUCUCCGGGCCCUCCAUCUAGAGCAUACGCGCGAGAGCUAAGCACACCAUCAACACCUGUUACUAGUGCUCGAGGUCGACGGUUGUUACAACUCAGCUCUCCAUUGGCACCUGCUGCCGGAGCGCGAAGCCCAACACGAUUCAAUCUACCAUUGAUCAGUUCACCACUAAGGCCUGUUUCAAGUGACGGAGGUCGACGCUCGAUGCGGCUAGGCUCUCCAGUGGCAUCUGUUACGAGUGCUUCCAAGCCAAGUCAGGUCAGCUCUCCAAUAGCACCCGUUACAAGUGCUUCACUGCCAAGUCAGCUCGGCCCACCAUUAGCCCCUGUUACCAGUGCGCAGAGCCCGAAUCUACUCGACUCAUCACCCCUAGCAUCUCAAAGUCCAGCGACACUACUUGGGUCAAUAACGUCACCUGCCACCGGUGCUCCAAUUCCAUCCAUACAGCUCGGGCCACCCUCAGUACCUGCCGCCAGUGCACGACGUGCAUCUAUACACUUGAACUCACCAUCGAUACAGCUUAGCUUACCAAUUAUCCCCACUACGAGUGCGCCAACUCCACCAGCGGUCCUACCAAUCGUAUCAAGCCCACUAUCUCCUCAGGAUCCUGGUUCUGAAGUAGACCUGGGGGAGCCGAACUCACGGUUAGCACCUGCUCUCAUCGCGCCACACCCACCAGCGACUCCACCAAUCGCAUCAGGCUCAAGGUCUUCUCGAACUCCUGUGCCAGAGCUCUUCCAGCGAUCGCAUACAAGCUCCGCCGACAGCCCCAACGGCUAUAUCUCGACCUCGUCGGCCCUUGUGGAUCAUCUCCAGACAGCGUCUAAACAGUGUGACAGAAUAUCACGUGCAUUGGAACAAUGGGAGUAG